AUGAUGGCAUCAAAUACCAGUUCUCAGCUGAUACCAUCUAUCAAUGAUAUUCUUUUAGAUACUGGUCAACCAAAACAGUUGGCGCUUUCAGAUUUGUAUCAGCAGCAGCAACAACAACAACAACAGCAACAACAACAACAACAACAACAGCAGCAGCAACAACAACAACAUAUGCAUCCGAUGCCACAAAGUCAUCCCCACUUUCAACAAAAUAUUGGUCUGCUUGCCAAAACUAAUGGAGGUGCGAUUUCUUCAGAAACAACAUCUUUUUACUCCAAAUCCUCGAAUCCGCCGAGAAAACGCUCAAAAAUAAGCCGUGCCUGCGAUGCUUGUAGGAAGAAGAAAGUGAAAUGCAAUGCAGAGUUUUCAACAACCUUGAACAAAGUGACACAAAUAUGUACAAAUUGUGAAAAAAACAUUGAAGAAUGCACAUUUUCAAGAACUCCCUUGAAAAGGGGUCCAUCAAAGGGAUAUAUCAGGGAUCUAGAAAAUCGAGUCGAGUUGGUGAAUGAUUCAAGAAAAGCGCCUUUAGCUUCUGCACCACCAACAGCAGCUUCUGCACCACCACCAACAACAAGUAGUGCUGCCACAACUUCUACAAACACUAAUAGCACCAAUAACAAUUUCCCACAAAGUAUCGACAAUGUACUAAAUUCCAACAGUUACACUGCAUCCCAAGUUGCAAGUAAAGAUCAAUCCUCCUCGUUUGCACCUCACAAUCAACGAAGUCGGCAAGAAAUAUCCCAGACAAAAGAUGAAAUGCUGGCUACCAGCAGUACAACCACCACCACUGCCAGCUUACCAUUUUCACAAUCCGCUCUGGCGAGACCACACUCGCAAUCACUUUCUUCAGUGGGUGGUUCAAUAAAACUUCCACCGCUAAUUAAUUUCUCAACAAAACCUAUAACUCCAGCUAUACAGAAAAUCAAUUCAGUUAAUUCAGUAGAUUCCAAUCCAUCGAGCCCGAGUUCAUCACUGCAACAACAUUUACAGUGUGGAACUACUACGCAGCUAAUGCAUGGCUCAAGUGUCAACACCAAUAGCCCUCCAAUACAGGGUCCGUUUUGGAAAGUGCCGUAUGAAAUGCCAAUUUCUUCCGGGUCUCAUCGUUCCUCGGUAACCAGUUUUACAAGCACUGGUCCAGUUCACGGUCGAAGACGAUCCUCUAUAGAUUCAGUUUCUUCAACUUCAACAACAAAUGCUACUAGAACUCCCCAAAUGAAGGCUUCAAGCUCAAGCGCCCUUUUGAGUGAUUCUGAAUCAGAAGAUUUUUACUCGAUAAGGUCAUCCUCAAAUGCACGGCCACUUGUUGCAAGAAACAACAGCCAAUCACUUUCACCAAGGAAUUCAAUAACCUCGCUAUCUAGCUUGAAUGGGCGUAUAAACAAAUCUCUCUUUGUCGGGCCACCACAAUCUCCAACUUCAUUUUCGAUGGCCGAGUCACCUAGUAAUAUUGGUGGCGGUAAUGGUGGUAAUGGUGGCAAUUUUGGUAAUGGUGGUAAUGGUAAUGGUAAUGGUAAUGGUGGCAACAAUAAUGACGCAGUAAGAUUUAAUCCUCACCAAUUUUUAACUACUCCUCAAAUUGCACAAAUAAACCCACACCAGAGUCUGAAGUCGCCUAUGGAUUUGCUUAAGCUAGAUUUGGAAAUUUAUGAACGAAAUAUUGCCAAAUCUCUCCCGAUCAUUCCUGUCACGAGUGAGCAGCUUAUUGCAAUGAUACAGUCUGGAGCUGGUGAGGCUCCAAGUGAAAAUAUAGUAGAGUGUUUCCAUAUGGCAUUAAACGACUUGGUAAAUUUCAAGGCUUUUGAUGAGUACACAUCCAUUUCGAUCUUUUUCCGGUUGCAACUGAUUGCUUCACAAACCAAGAUUGUUAAGUUUUCCAGAUUCAUUUAUGUAACGACGCUUGUUUUGGUAAAUUGCAGCUUGUUAUUGAAAGGUGGUCACUAUUCCCCAGGCAUGGCCAUGGCCCUAUCUUUUUUAACUGAUUUGAACGCAAUUGAGGUGUUUGUGCAUCAGCAAAAGACAGCAAAGGAAAUAGUAGAUCCCUUGUGCGCUGGUUUCGCAAAAUUAUACAUCAUUUUGGAUAUGAUUGAUAGCAUUUCAUGUCUCACAGAGGGUACGGCGAAAAUUGUACCAAGUCCAGAAAACAAGAGCAUUUAUGCUCAACUUGCAAAUACUCCAUUUAAUUGUCCAAUUUUUUUAAACUGUGCCCAACUACUGGAUCUUUUAAAGUUUCGAGAAUAUUUGAUUGUCAAUGGAACUGCUGUUGAUUCGUUUGAGCCUCGGCUUCUUUCACCAAAUGAAGAUGCCUUUUUUUCUUAUUUCAACCUGGUACUUUAUCACAAAUACCAGCUAUAUCAAUUACUUUUAAUAGAGAAGGAGGAUGUUAUGCUGAAUGUCUCUAGGCUAAUGAAGGCGAUGGAAAAUCUAGCUUUUACAGUAAUGAACUAUGCCAACUAUUUGAGUACUUCCACAGUAUCCAACAAAAACGUUAUACAUCCUUGUUUAAAUGCAUCAAUCACGCAGCUUUUUUUUGCAAUCAAGUUGGUAAAACGUAUUGUGGAUAAUUUACCAGCCGAUGAAAAUACUUCAAAGAUCAACCAUAAUUUGUCAAUAUCAUUUAACUUACUCAUUUUAAACUUGAACAAUCUACAAAUUAAUGAACAAAAGAUUGGACAAAUAAGAGAACAAAUUAGUGUUGAUAAGCUUGAUUUUUUAGUCAGCGGAUCAAAAACAAAGGAUAGUCAAUGGCUUCAUGAGAUAUCAACUACAAUCAAACUAGAUUUAAUGAAUGGCUAUUCUUUUUAUAUAUAA